AUGCAAGUGAACGCGAUCCCAGAUCCAAUACAAGUAAUUCCCAUUUCGUCACAUCAUUCUGUGGAGGAGCUGGGAGCAGCACCGUAUCCCAGCAUCAGUUUGUUAAGUUGGAGUUUGAAGAAAAUGGAUAAGAAGAAGCCACUAGUGUUUUUCGAUGUUUCAAUUGAUGGAGAUCCUAUUGAAAGGAUGACUUUUGAGCUUUUUACUGAUGUUGCUCCAAAGACUGCAGAAAAUUUUCGUGCACUUUGUACAGGAGAGAAAGGUGAUAGUCCUAAAGCUAAAAGGCCUCUGCACUAUAAAGGAACCUUCUUCCAUCGUAUCAUCAAGGGAUCUGUGGCUCAGGGUGGGGACUUGCUUCGGCGAAAUGGGAACUAUGGGGAAAGUAUAUACGGUGGAAAGUUUCCAGAUGAAUCUCCUAAGCUGAAACAUGACAGCCCUGGUCUUCUGUCUAUGGCAAUUGCGGAUAGAGAUGAACGCGGCUCUCUCUUCAGUAUCACAUUUAAGGCUGAUCACCAUCUUGAUAGGAAAUCUGUUGUCUUUGGGAAACUUGUGGAUGGUUAUGAAGUGUUAAAAAAGAUUGAAGGUGCAGGUGAUGAAGAUGGUAGACCGGCUGUGACUGUGAAGAUAAUCAAUUCUGGUGAAUUACAUGAUGUCAAAAAGAAAGGGAGCAAGUUAAAAAUGGGCAAGGAUUCUAUUGACGGUGAUGGCAAUGAAGUACGACGCAAGGGCAAGCACAAGAAAUCUUCGAAGGACAGAAGGAAAAGGAGAAGAUAUUACACAUCAGAAUCAGAUAGUUCAUCUGAUACUGAUAUAGAGUCUUCAGAAUCUGAUAGUGAGUCUGAUUCAUAUGCUUCCUCAUUAAGUGACAGUAGCUCUUCAAGUGACGACAGACGUAGGAAGAGGAAGAGAUCUAAGAGAGAUAAACAUAAACGGAGAAAAAGAAAAGAUAGACGACGUGAGAAACGACGCAAGAGACGUGAUAAGAAAACAAAACACCGAUCAAAAAGGGAUAGUCUUUCAGAUAGUGAAAGUGAGAAUACGAGUGGAAGCAGCUCUGAAGACAAUGGUGCGGAGAUUCAUGAGUCAGAUAUGAAGCAUAAAAGUCCGGAAGUACAUCCAUCUCCUCUACGGGAGAACCAGGAAAUUGCUACUGUUCAUCACAGGAAAGGAGAGGUAACUGAUAUGUUCGAAAGGGAAGAGGGCGAAUUUCCAAGGGAAAAUGGAGACCACCGAAUCAAUGGUAUUCAAGGGGAAACAAGAUCGGACAAGAGUGCAGAUAGACACCCUGAUGUAGUAGAUGAUCGCCUGAGCAAAUCUAGGAGCCGAAGCUUAAGUCCUAAAAGGACCAUGAGUAAGAGUAUGAGCAUUAGUCCAAAGAGGAGUAAGGGAAGAAGUCCAAGUAUUAGUGCAAGACGCAAUAUGAGCAGGAGUCCAAGUGCUAGCAGAAGCCCACAGCAGGUAGCUGAGAGAAGCAGAAGUAACAGUCCAAUUAGAAGUGGAAGCAGCAGGAGCCCAGUACGAAGUCCAGUCAGGGGAAGAAAGGGAAGAAGCAUCAGCGUGAGCCCCCCAGCAAGGUUUCAAUCCCGACAAAGCCCCAGCAGAAGUCCAACAGCAUCUCCUCCCAGAAGAAGAGUUACCCGGAGCCCACCUAGAACUUCAUCAAGGAGGUCAUCGUUUAGAUCAGUUAGUCGCAGUCCUGUGAGAUCUUCUCGAAGGAGUCUAAGCAGGAGCUCUGGUAAGCCUCCUCGAAGAAGUGCAAGCAGAAGCCCCGUUCGAUCAUCUCGGAGGAGUGUCAGCAGGAGCUCUGGCAGAGGUCCUCCUCGGAGAGGCCCUAGUCCAAGUCCAGUUAGGGCACCUAGCAGGAAUAAUCGCCGCAGCCAUUCAAGAAGUCCUGUAAGUGCUGGUCGUAGGGCAAGGUCACCUGUUUCUGAUCGUGGUAGGAGCUCAUCAAGAAGUCCUCCCGUUGAUGAAUCACCCAAACGUAUCAGAAGAGGGAGGGGUUUUAGCGAUAGAUACUCUUAUGUACGUCGUUACAGGAGUCGCUCCCCAGACCGUUCUCCUGUAAGGUCAUAUCGUUAUGGUGCUCGAAAUGAUCGAGACAGAUACUCAAGUUACAGAAGAUCUCCCAGGCGUUACAGGAGCCCGCCUAGAGGAAGAACUCCUCCAAGGUACAGAGGCAGAAGGAGCAGGACGCGCAGCCCAAGUGUAUCUCGCAGUCCAAUACGAUAUCGCAACCGGCGUUAUAGCCGUAGUCCCAUUCGCAGUCGGUCUCCUGUGGAUAGAUAUCGUCCAUCCCCGCGUUCUGAAAGGCGAAGGUCGCCUUCGGUUAGCAGGAGCCCAUCUAAAUCACGGUCACCGAUUGGUUCACAAUCUCCUAAACGAGGAAGCCAGGAUAACUCAAGGUCAUCCUCCGAGAGUACCCCUCGAAAGACGGGAUUAGUUUCUUAUGGAGAUGGCUCUCCGGACUCUCAUCGGGAUUAA